CAAGUUUGUCGAUUCCUGUUGCCACGCCCACUCUAACGCCCACAAACCGCCCAAGACUGCCACGCCCACACUUUUGAAAAAUUACAGUAAAUACCUUUGUUUGUAAAAUUAAAUUAUUCCAUUUGAAAAACACUUUCUUAUUAACGCGUAAUAAUAUUUUAAUUGCGACCGUCACUUGCAAGUUGCGCACGCUGCCAAGCUUUUAUGUUUCGCACUCAUUCUUAAAGAGAAUAGUUAGAAUAAAGCAAAACCAAACCUAGAUUUUAGUAGCUUGAUCAAUUCUGAGUUAGGGUUGACUCAAUUCUAGCCAAUGUUUUUACUUUCAUUUUUUUAUUUUUGGCCUAUGGACCAGACCACAGUGCACCGGUAUCCAUUGCUCUUUACUGGCGCCGACAAAGUUCGUUCCUUGAUCGCAUCUAAUUCUGUUUAGAAAUCCUCUUUGGCAACGAAAUUCCUAAGAUUUCAUGGCAGCAUCCGAAGACAAAUCUUUAGACAACUCUAGGAGUAUGGCCUUUGUGGUGGCCAUGCAGGUCCAUCAGUUUUCACGAAGUCUCCCAAUCGUUACCAAAGAGGGACCGAGAUAGUGUUUAGAUGAAUGUAGAAAAAUGUUCAUUUUUGUAUUAGUAUUGUAAAUUUCUAUCGAUUUGCCAAACAACUUUUUGCCACGUCCAUUCUAACGCCCACAAACAGCCAAAAACUGUCAGUGUUGAAGACUCUAGUCGCACUCCCACUAGCUGAGUAACGGGUAUCAGAUAGUCGGGGAACUCGACUAUAGCGUUCUCUCUUGUUUUAUUCUAAUGUCUUUCGUCUAUCCCAAAAAAGUGUAAAGGGUCUGACAUAGAUAACAUAAUUAAUCGUUUCGUCAUAGACAUAUCGCAAGUCUGCUACACAUAACGCCGUGCUAAACGCAGAGUCCAUAAGAAAUUAAGUUAGACUGAUUUGCUAAUUCAUUUUUCAGAACUAUUAAUUUCAUCAGCUUUUAGUACCACCAACUUUGGCAUAUAUUUAGCAGCUUGGGGACCCCAUCAAAGACUUGUAGAAGUUUCUCAUAAUUACUAGAUUUGUGUCACAUCCUUUGGGCGUAGUCUCGUAGUCGUUAAAAUUUCAAAAGUAAGAUUUUACCAAUCCCAGCGUCUUUGUAUAACGUAAAGGCAGUUAAACCCAUAGUACAGCAUUUUUUGCAUUUAUAUGGCUGAAUAUGGCUAAUUCUCCAAAUUGUGGAAGAGAUGCCUUCCGGAAGUGUCUGACCAGACACUCUUUUCUUGACAUCCCCCUUGAAACGCAAUUAUGUUUUUCAAAAUUGUGUCAGUAAUAAUAAGAAAACUAGUAAACGGGCGUGAAUUUUAAGGAGCAUAGAAAAUUGUUCUAUAUAAACUAAAGAUUUUAAAAACAAAGAAUUUUUAGACUCUUUUUGACAGCAAUUACAAAAAAAUUGUUUGUGAAAAUCCUAACAGGGGCAUGUUUGACAGGGUUAUCUUCGCAAAUAUUUUAGUUCAUCAACGAUAGAAAAGUCUCCCGAGAAAGAAAAUGUUUGGUUUCUUGAUCACCGACCGGCAUCACUUGCACAAUCUACGACGUCAGCGGUGAUUUGACUUACAAGAUCCUUGGAAAAAUACCUAAUGAAAAUAUUGCACCUUACCUCAGGCAUUACUAUAAAUAGUAUUAUAUGGAUUUAGAAAUAACUGUUUUUAUUUCCCUAGAAAUCGACUAUAAUAAAUAAAUUUACCUCCCCAUUUCCGACAGUGCCAUUUAACAUAGUCGGAAACGUAUCCAAACUCAGUAUUUGGUGGGAUUUUUCCAAAUAUGGGAAAGAAAUGGCCAACAUCAUAAAUAAGUCCUCAAGAAUCGCCAUAGGACCAUCAGCUCCAUAUUAGUAAUUCCUAAGCAAUUAAGAGAUGAACUAAAUAACAUUCGGGAUCAUCUUCCGUUUCAUCAAAUGUUGCCGAUCUUAUCAGAAAAUGUAAUGUUAUUGUACAGAAUUAUGCUCACCGGCAAAAAUCCUCCAUCUGAACCCUCCACGAGGGCGCCGGCUGGGCAAUGGGCACUGCAUUAUCCCGGACAAUAGGUAAUGCAUUGCUACUUGCUCCGUCCGCGGUAAUGCAGUGUCUAGCUAAGGCAAUGGUUCAAUUCCUUACGCUCGAAAGCAGGAGGAAAUGAACCAUUUGCCAUGGGCGGAGGUGCCUGGCGGUUAGGCAUAAAACGCAAGUGGGUGGUUCCCCGGAAAAUCAACCAAGUGUUCUCUGCUAAAGGACAACCAAAAGCACUCAACCCGGGCUGGGAUGUCAGCCCAAAUGUGACUGCUACCACCGGCGGGCACGGAGGGGAGCAACCCCCUAUGCGUGUCGCCAGCGGUAACACCUCUGAUUUGACGGGAGCAGGUCAUGUCAGUUGUAACGCUACUGCCACAACAACAACGACUUAAGGGAGGCUAAGCCGCUCAGGUGCCCCAGUCGAUACAGACUCGGACCUGGAGAGCGUGCAGCUCUCCAAAGAAGAGGAGAAAUCCUCCUCCGCUCGCCGAAACGAGGCACCAGCUCCCCGCGCAGGGACGGGCCGAAGCGUUCAAGCGAGGGAAUGAAGGCAAAGGCGCAAUAUAAGGCCGCCCUUCGCAUCCUGAGUAGGCUCAAGGAAAAAGCCGCCCUAUCCCCACAGGAGAAGGAGAAGCUUACCUGGGCCGAGCAAAGGGUCGCAGGGGGUAGGCUGCAUUUCGCCAACCUCCCCAGCAUGGCAUCAACGGGCGUAUUCGCCAACAGGGUGGAGGAGUCGCUUGCCAAGAAGAGGCAACGUUCAACCGAGAGCGCCAAUAAGGACGCACCGGGGAGCAAGCGGCGACGCGUGCCGAAGGAGGCAAGCCCUCCCCCCCAGAAAGCGAAGAAGCCAUACUCUCGUUAGGCGAGACGGAUGAUGAAGACUGAGACCUGACGUUUUCAGUCAACCCGUCGAAUGGAGAUGAGCUCAGUACCCAUGCUACUGAGGGUGCUGCAGCUCAGUCUUCAUUAAAGCAAGGUCGCGUCGGCGGAGCUCCUCAUCGCCCUGGAGCAAGGGUCCGCCGACAUAGCUUUGGUCCAAGAGCCAUGGAUUGCCUCGGUCAAUGCCGUCGCCGGAGUAAAGUCCUCCAAUUACAACCUCAUCUACACACCAUCGCACGGAUGGAGAGCGAGAGGAAUCGCCUUUUGGUAGCUUCCUGCUACAUGGCACACGACAGAACGGCCCCACCGGAGGAACUCAGGAGCAUGGUGGAAGCCAGCCCAAACGACCAACAACUGAUCGUGGGUGCAGACGCCAACGCGCAUCACUGCGUAUGGGGGAGCCCCGACAUCAACGACAGAGGUGAGUCACUCCUAAACUUUUCACUAUCAACUAACCUAUGCAUAGCUAACGUGGGGGAAGUGCACACCUUUGUAGGCCCCACCUCCUCGAACGUGCUAGACCUAACACUCGUAAGGGACAAAGUACUAUGGUUUCAGAAGGGAGAGUCUUUGAGACUAUAAACUAUAAUUGGAGUUGAUCCCCUAGACAUCCACGCUCAAUUGAUUGCAGGAAAGGCUGCACAACGCCUAGUUGCAUCAGGGAAUAUGUCUCUACAAAAACUCGGGCAUAGUUCGAUUGGUCGAGACAUGAGCAGCAUAUCUGACUACAUGGUCACCAGAACGUGCCCGGAUGUAAGAACAACAACAUUGGGACCAGACGACUGGAAAACAGGUCGGGACCAUGCUCAACAUCUUAAUAUAUGCACGGACGGCUCCAAGAUGGAAGGAAGAGUUGGAGAGGACAUAUACUGUACAAACCCUGAAAUGAGGCUUUCGCAUAUUUCAGGCGGAAGUAUGAUGAAUUCGAGACAAUCGAAACCUUGGAGCAUCUCAUUUGCAAGUGUCCGGCCCUCGCAAGGACAAGAAUAAACUACUUAGGCGCACCUGUUCUGGCAUCGCUAGAAGAUGCCUCCAGGAAGAAGCCAGGCGAACUACUUGCCUUCGCGAAAAAUACCUCGAUACUAAAAGAUUUCGAAAACCGCGUAAACAUUCUCUAGGUUCAUAAAGAAACAUUCGGACAGCUACCGCCCAUAUUGGCCUAUGCGCGGCACCGUGAGGGCCUUCCGACCCAACCUAACCUAACCCUCCUUAGCUAACCGUAAAACGAUGUUUGGAACAGUCUUUAUUUUUAACCUUAUUCGUUGAUAGUCCCGACUUAGAUACUCGGCUAAACGUCACUGUUCCAAGCAGAUUUUCUAGAAAUUACGUACCGUAAAUUUUAAAUCAAUGUAG